CAGGUUUCCCUCCCCGGAUCCCCAGGAGAUCUCCACAGGACACCUCCGGAGCCGGGCGGCGGAUGGGACGCCGGCGGAGCCAGAGAGCAUGCGCGUCCGCGCCGAGCAUGCUCAGUAGCGCGCGCAGCUCCCCGGAGCUCCGGCGCCGAUCGGCGAGCGACGCGGAGCUCUCCGCUGGAGCCGAGGGAGCGACAGGAAGUGAAGCGGCCCCGCCAGGCGACCUCGGCGGCAGAACCCGAAGCGGCGGAAGAGGCUCUGCGGCGGCGGCGGCGACGACGUCGACCCGGGAGGCCGAGGGAGCUGAGCGCCGAGGGGACACGCCCGCUCGGAAGCCGGACCCCGAGGCGGGCAGGAUGGAUCACCACCAGCUGGGGACUGGCCGCUACCAGGUGCUUCACAAUGAAGAAGAUAACUCAGAAUCGUCUGCUGUGGAGCAGCCGUCAACUUCCAGCUUAGCAGCACCGACUCUGGAGGCUGCCGCUUCAGCACCAGCGCUGGACACUGACUCCUCUCCUCCUCCGUACAGCAGCAUCACUGUGGAAGUUCCUGCCACGUCAGAUACUGACGUGUAUAGUGAGUUUUACCCUGUGCCACCUCCGUACAGUGUUGCUACCUCUCUGCCUACAUAUGAUGAGGCUGAAAAGGCUAAAGCUGCUGCCCUGGCAGCUGCUGCAGCAGAUGCACCUCAGAGAAACCAAGAGGAAGACUGUACGCCACGGGAUGACUUCAGUGAUGUAGAGCAGCUCAGAGUGGGCAACGACGGCAUUUUCAUGCUGGCCUUUUUCAUGGCAUUCAUAUUCAACUGGCUUGGGUUCUGCCUAUCCUUCUGUAUCACCAACACCAUCGCUGGAAGAUACGGUGCUAUCUGCGGGUUUGGCCUUUCACUGAUCAAAUGGAUCCUUAUUGUCAGGUUUUCUGACUAUUUUACUGGCUAUUUCAAUGGACAAUAUUGGCUUUGGUGGAUAUUUCUUGUACUUGGCCUGCUCCUUUUCUUCAGAGGAUUUGUUAAUUACCUAAAAGUCAGAAACAUGUCUGAAAGUAUGGCAGCUGCGCAUAGAACAAGACACUUCUUCCUGCUAUAAAGGUGGCAUCAACCCAUCAUUCCUUUCUUACACCAAUGUGAACCGUCCACAUCAUCUGUAAACCUACAACUUUGCUAAGAUAGAAGAAGACUACUGAGAGCAGAAGGAAAUGUAGUGAAGGGUGGAGCUUCGGAAUUAAAUGACAGGGUGGUUUAUGCUAAAAGCCAUUUCUGUUCAUUCCUUAAUUCUCUGUAUUUCAUUUAUUUUGCACAUUUGCAUAUGUGCUUGUCUUAAAGAUAUGCAUAUACUUGAAAGACUCUAAAGUUGUAGCAGCAAAGUCCAGUCCUGCGCGGUUAAUCAGUGUUGAUACAAUUGGAAGAAUUGGGUAAGAAACAGUCUUCCAGCAUGUGAAUGCUUCUGACAUGACCAUUAGCGUAAUAAAAAUUACAUUAUUAAUCUUGUCAAAUGCUUUAGUUUCUGGCUCUUAGAUUCAUCUAGUAAUUCUACACAUGAAAUAUCCUUUGUUAUAUACGAUGUUUAUUAAAACUUGUGGUGUGGUUAUUAGAAAGAAUUUUUCAGAUUUUUGAAAAUGAUAUGAUUUAGGAAAUCUGUAAAUAACCAUGCAUAUGUUGCUUUUUACAUUGUUUUCUUAAAUUGUGUCUAGAUAUCUUUUCAUUAACUUUAAAUUAAGUAAACUAAAUAAAUAAAAAUAAACUUUGUUAAAGGUGGAGUGGUUUAGGAUGAGCUGUAAGAGAGUGAGUAAUACCAGAUGCCAUUUAAAGAACAAGUUAGGGGUGCACCAGCUUUAGGGGUGUUCAGAUGAGAACCUUAGAUUUUAAGAUUACUCACCUUACAGUUCUUAUAAGAAAAGAUUGCUUUAGAUCUUAUUUAUUUACAUUUAAAACAAUUUAAAGAAUUAAUUUACCAAAUAUAUCCUCAUUUGCAUUUGUCUUUUAAAAAGCCAAUAAAGAUAUCUUUCAGUAUUACUGCAAUCAUUUUUCUUUAAAUGUUUAAUUUGUUAAGCGUAGAAAAUAAAAUCUUGUUCUGUUAAUAGUGAUUCCAAGACUGAUUUGUAAAAACAUGCAGCCUGAAUUGAGAUCCUCAGAAUGCCUGAUUUCGUGUUGUUGACAUGUAUCUCUGGAAUGAAUUUAGGGUGUGGGGUGUGUGUGGUGAGUGUGAGUUACCAUUACUCCAACUGGAAUCUGCUUUUACAUCAAAAGCUACAAUGCUAGCCAUCUUACAGAUAAUUUUCUGGCUUUUGUGGUUUUCAUUUUAUCUUAACUUAUGAAUGCUAACAGUAAAAGAUGAUGGAAAUUACACUACUGCUUACAUAUAAAAAAAACAUUUAACAUAGCCGUAAAGAACAUACAAAAUUGAUUGCAACACUAUGACUAAAAACUGCAUCUAACUCUUCAGGGCUGUUUGUCUCAUAUUAAGGAAAAAUAAAAUUUAUUACUUUAUAA